GUUCGCAUUUUGUGGCCUGAAAAAAAGGACGUCGCCUCUGGUCUCAAGUAUCCAUGGGUUUUCUUACAGCAACAGUUCUCAAUGGAAUGCGAAGGAAACUAUAACUCAACAUAGCUUUCUAGUACUGUUUCUCUCUAUUUGAGGAUGCUUUGUUUGAGACAUCCUCUGCCAUUCCUUGCUCAUAGAGUUGAAUCAAUUAGAAUUCCCAGUAGCACGCACAGUGUUGUGGUAUGCGCCGCAAAGGGCCCCCGACCAAGAUACCCUAGGGUUUGGAAAACAAAUAAGAGGAUUGGGACAAUCUCCAAGUCAGCAAAGCUUGUUCAUUGCGUAAGAGGGUUGUCAAAUGUCAAGGAGGAAGUUUAUGGGGCUCUUGAUUCCUUUGUUGCUUGGGACUUGGAGUUCCCUUUAAUUGUGGUUAAGAAAGCAUUGAGGACUCUUGAGAAUGAGGAAGAAUGGAAAAGGAUCAUUCAGGUGACGAAGUGGAUGUUAAGCAAGGGUCAAGGGAAAACGAUGGGUACCUAUUACACUUUACUAAAUGCUUUAGCAGAGGAUGGAAGACUCGAUGAAGCAGAAGAGCUCUGGAAAAAACUCUUCUCCGAGAAAUUGGAAAGCACACCUCGUAACUUCUUCGAUAAAAUGGUUUCUAUUUACUUCAAGAGGGACAUGCAUGAGAAAUUAUUUGAGGUAUUUGCUGACAUGGAAGAGCUUGGCAUACAACCAAGUGCUCCAAUUGUUUCAAUGGUCGGUAAGGUGUUCCUGAAACUAGACAUGUUGGACAAAUAUGACAAAUUAAAGAAGAAAUACCCAUCACCGAAAUGGGAAUAUCGAUAUUUCAAAGGAAAGCGUGUGAGAAUUCGAGCAAAACAUCAAUAUGAAUUUGAUGUGACCGACAUGGAAUCUAACCAGGUUUCAAAUGUAAAAUCUGAAGAUGGUGAAGCAAGUUCAAAUGAAUUAUGGGGCCCCGACGAUACUGAAAGUGAUCAAGUGGACGCUAACCUGGUUUCAAAUCAGUUGUCCAUCGAAGCUGAAACAAGUUCAGAUGAACUCCAUGUGGAUGACAGAGGACUAAGCCAAGAUGGAGAAUCUAUCCUUGUUUGUAAUGAAUCAUUCGAGGGAGCUGAAAGUGGUUCAGAUGAAGUCAGCGUUGAAGCCAUCACAUCCUCUCAAUCAGUCUGACGCUAUUUCAGCAUUCAUUUGGGAUUGCUGUUUGGCGAGAACAUUAUUUAGCAUGGAUGAAAAUGGAGUUCCAUACUCCUCUUUGGAUGUCUGAUCAAAGCUGAAUCUGAUGGCAGGCAGGGACUACUUAGUAACACCUGUAAUCAUACAUUCAGGUUUAUGGCCAUCAAAUAUAUGCCGUCUUAUCCUUCACAGCUGGAACCAACCGUGCAGUCCUAUUGCCUAAAGCAGAAGAGUGCAAUCUUGGACUAUUUUGUGCCUUUUUGAGCGUAAUGUGCAUGUCGUGGAGUAGCGAAAGCAAAGAGUUGCUUCUUGUCUUUGCUAUGUUAAAAUUAUGAAUCACAUCAUCUCAAAUUAGAGUCGAACUGUGCAUUUGAUUUGAGACCCGGAAAACCCCAAGAAAAUAUUCUUGACCUU